AGUUGGUAGCCUUUCCUUUUCUCUUUCUUGCCAGGGGCCAUCGAGUUUUACUUUUCUCCCAGAUGACCCAGAUGUUGGAUAUUCUCCAAGACUACAUGGACUAUAGAGGGUACAGCUACGAGCGUGUGGAUGGGUCUGUGAGAGGAGAGGAGAGACACCUGGCCGUUAAGAACUUUGGACAGCAGCCCGUUUUUAUUUUUCUUCUGAGUACCAGGGCAGGAGGAGUUGGCAUGAACUUAACGGCUGCAGAUACCGUUAUUUUUGUCGACAGUGAUUUCAAUCCGCAGAAUGACUUGCAGGCAGCUGCCAGGGCUCAUCGGCUUGGCCAGAACAACUCCAAGUUGAGUGAGAUACUCAAAUUCGGUUUGGAUAAAUUGCUUUCAUCUGAGGGGAGCACCAUGGAUGACAUAGAGCUGGAGACGAUCCUGGGAGAAACAGAAGAGGGCCAGUGGAUCUCUGAUGCCUUGCCUAAAACAGAAGGUGGAGUCAGCGAGCAGGAGGAAGGCAAAAACCAUAUGUACUUAUUUGAGGGUAAAGAUUAUUCCAAGGAGCCUAGUAAAGAAGAUAGAAAAUCAUUUGAGCAACUGGUGAACCUUCAGAAAACCCUUUUGGAGAAAACUACGCAAGAGGGCCGGUUACUCCGAAAUAAAAGCAGUGUUCUCCUCCCAGGCCUUGCGGAAGGGUCUACCAAGAGGAAGUGGAUUCUGAGCCCAGAGGAACUGGAGGACAGAAGGAAGAAGAGACAAGAAGCAGCAGCCAAGAGAAAGAGACUAAUGGAGGAGAAGAAGAGGAAAAAGGAAGAAGCAGAACACGAGAAAAAGACGGCCUGGUGGGAGUCCAACAAUUACCAGUCCUUCUGCCUGCCUUCUGAGGAGAGCGAACCGGAGGACCUAGAGGACAGGGAAGAGGAGAGCUCUGCCCAGCUGGAUUAUGAAGAUCCAGAUUCAAGUGCCAUCAAGUAUGUUAGCGGUGAUGUCACCCACCCACAGGCUGGGGCAGAGGAUGCUGUCAUCGUGCACUGCGUAGAUGACUCUGGUCGCUGGGGCAGAGGUGGUUUAUUCACAGCUUUGGAAACACGAUCUGCUGAGCCAAGAAAAAUAUAUGAGCUGGCUGGGAAAAUGAAAGACUUGAAUUUGGGAGGCGUCCUUUUAUUUCCUAUUGAUGAUAAAGAGUCAAGAAACAAAGGGCAAGAUUUGUUGGCCUUGAUUGUGGCUCAGCACCGUGAUCGCUCCAAUGUCCUGUCUGGCAUUAAGAUGGCAGCCCUAGAAGAGGGCCUGAAGAAGAUCUAUUUAGCAGCAAAGAGAAAGAAAGCAAGUGUUCAUCUACCACGCAUUGGACAUGCCACGAAAGGUUUUAACUGGUAUGGUACUGAGCGACUGAUUCGGAAACACUUGGCUGCAAAAGGCAUCCCAACUUACAUCUAUUACUUUCCUAGAAGCCAGGCAGCUCUUCUUCAUCCACAGUCCUCUUCUUCCUCGGGACAGCUGGUGCCUUAACAGUUGGCCGGUGUCACAGUCAGCAUUCAGCAAGCAGUUAAUAUUUGCCCAGAGCUGCUGAAUUAGAGUGUUUCAAAAAGGAGUCCAGAUCUGGUGGGCCUCUGAGAAACUGUGUUUUCUGAAUUCUCAUUUUGUUCUCCAGGAUGUGUUACUCUGAUUUGAUACCUGUAAUACAGGGAUGCGCACC